UGUGGAGCAAGAUAAAUGGCAUGAGAAAGCAAAGAUGAGAACCAAGGAAGGCUCCAGAAGAGAAAACCAAAAACCACAAGUCACCUAAGCUGUGUGAUGGCUGCAUGAUAAUGACCCUGAUUGGAGGAAGAACUGCCUGGAUAAGCACCUGCAUGCAUGGUUAAGCGCUGCAGUGGAGCCGGAGACCUACCCAACAUGGCGCCGCUGUGGCACCGCACCCCAUUGCGUUUCUACCUUCCUCCCGUCAUGCACUGCGCGACACCAGCAGUUCCGGUUACGGCGCUGCGGUGAUUGGUCCAUCCUCUCUCCCGGCCGGAAGUGAGCGUUCCGACAGCGAAGUUCAAACGCAGCUGCCGGCCGGGCUGCGUUCUGUGCAGCUGCUGGCUGCCCCGCUCGCUUUCGACCCGGCGCUGCUGUCCUGGCAGCCGUCCGAGCGCGGUUCCGGUGCUUGGAGGAUCUCAAGGUCUUGCAGAAUCCAGGAUGUCUGUCAGCGACUACCAGGAAAUUCUCAAGUACUAUGAAUUACAUGAAACAAUUGGAACGGGUGGUUUUGCAAAGGUAAAACUCGGACGGCAUCUUCUUACUGGUGAAAAAGUUGCAAUAAAGAUCAUGGACAAAGUUGCGUUAGGGGAUGACUUGCCUCGUGUUAAAACAGAAAUUGAUGCCAUGAAGAACUUGAGUCAUCAACAUGUUUGCCGAUUGUAUCAUGUCAUAGAGACAUCAAAGAAAAUAUUCAUGGUCUUAGAGUAUUGUCCCGGAGGGGAGCUUUUUGAUUACAUUGUUUCUAAGGACCGCCUUUCAGAAGAGGAAGCUCGAGUCUUUUUCCGACAGAUUGUUUCAGCAAUUGCUUAUGUUCACAGUCAGGGUUACGCCCACAGAGACCUCAAACCAGAAAAUCUGCUAAUUGAUGAGAAACAUAAUUUGAAGCUGAUAGACUUUGGGCUCUGUGCAAAGCCAAAGGGAGGCCUUGAUUACCGCCUGAACACGUGCUGUGGAAGCCCAGCAUAUGCAGCACCAGAGCUGAUCCAGGGCAAAGCCUAUAUUGGCUCAGAGGCAGAUAUUUGGAGCAUGGGUGUACUGCUGUAUGCUCUGCUGUGUGGGUUUCUUCCUUUUGAUGAUGACAAUGUGAUGGCACUCUACAGGAGGAUAACAAGAGGAAAAUACACUGUUCCAAAAUGGCUUUCCCCUAGCAGCACGCUGCUACUUAACCAACUGCUACAGGUAGACCCAAAGAAGCGGAUUACAGUUAAACACCUGUUAAAUCACCCUUGGCUCAUGCAAGGUUAUUCUGAUGCUGUUCAGUGGCAAAGUAAAUACCCACUGGGGCACCUUGAUGAAGACUGUGUAACAGAGCUUUCUGUGUUUCACAACCAGAGCAGAGAGAGUAUAUCAACAUUAAUAUCAGAGUGGAACUAUGACCAGAUGUCAGCAACCUAUCUCUUGCUUCAGUCCAGGAAGGCUCGUGGCAAGCGCAUCCACUUAAGGAUUCCAUCACAAGCAGCACAUGCCAGUACAACACAGCCAGCAAGCCUGGGGUCUGAAAAGGCUGUGACAUCUGAAGAUGUGCCAGGUUGCAGCCAUGUGCCAGAUGUGUUUGGAUCCAUGGAAUUCUCUGAUGCAGCUUCGUUGUCUGAAGAAUCUCCCCUGGAAGAGUUUAUUCUGAAUACUCACAGAACAAAGCAGCGUUCAAGGCAUGACACUCAGCUGGGUGAUAUGGAAUUCACACCAUCAACCCCAGUGACAAGAAAAGUGGCACCAAAGCAUGCAAACAAAGAGAAUGUUGAUGCAGAGUCAGCAUUAAGAAAUGAGCUGCCCUUUGCACUUCCUGCUCCAAAGGCCUCCUUUGCAAAGAGUGAGGCAGACAAGCAAGCACAAGGCAUGCCCUUUCAGGCACCUACUUCCAAAGAGAUCCAGUUCAUCACAGUUACCCCAGUUAAGAAGCCCAAAAUACCAACAAAUACGUAUGAACUGACAGCAGCUGAGGUUCUUCCUGAGAAGAGGUGUCAUUCUGUGGAUCUAGAUCUCAACCUAGCUAAUGUGCAGAGCAGCCAAAAGAAGAGGAAGGCCAAACUAUUUGGAAGUCUUGAAAGAGGCCUGGAUAAAGUGAUAACAAUGCUUACACCAGGCAAAAAGAAGCGAUUCAGUAGACAUGGGCCAAGAAAACUUAAGGCACACUAUAAUGUUACCAUGACUCAACUGCUGAAUCCUGACCAACUGCUGAAUGAAAUAAUCUCUGUCCUCUCAAAGAAGCAGGUGGAAUACAUUCAGAAGGGCUACACCCUGAAAUGCCAAACAAAGCCAGAUUUUGGGAAAGAAUGCAUGAAGUUUGAGCUAGAAGUGUGUCAGCUCAGCAAGAACGAAGCAGUUGGAAUCAGGAGACAGAGGCUCAGAGGGGAUGCGUGGGUCUACAAGAGGCUGGUGGAAGACAUUUUAUCCAGCUGCCAGGUGUGACUGCUGCUCGGAAAGCCACAAUGCUGUGCUGAGACUGUAAUCAUUGUUUGGGAAAAAAUCAGCCUGGAAAGGUGAUUUGUGGCCUCCUUCACAGCUGUAUUUGAGAAAUCGCAGCUCUUACACUUUUAUCCACCCCUUUCUGCCCACGGCACGUUUCCUUUUCUUACAAAAACUGUCAACUUAUGCUAUAUAUUCUGCAACUGUAACUCGACUGAAAUAAAAUUCCUUAAACUACCCCCAGCUCCACUGCCCCAUCUUUUGUAUCUGCUAUAAAAAAAGGAGUUAUUGGUGUUGAUGUGCUGAGGCUCAUUUAUGCACGAUUCCAGUUAUCAAUAGAUGUGGUACAGAAAUGCAUUUGCAUAAUUCUCUUCUUGUCUCUGUGUAAGUAGGAUUUAUUGAGAUCAUUAGCUAAUCACAGCUGUGGAUCACAGAGCUGAAAUAUGUGCUCAGUGCCAUACCAAAUAGAGCCAUCUUCAGUAAAUGGGAAGUCAGGAGAGCCAGGACUUAAACUGUGAUCCUAUGUAAAACAUUGCUGCAGCUCAUUACUGAGCCUCUGUGAUGCUUAAAAAGUGAGCGUUCCUUCUGAUGCUGUGUUCCCUGGUCGUUAUGCUAAGAGUAAUGCAGCACCUUUAAGUCAUGCAGCACCUUUAAAUCAUGCAGCACCUUUAAGGCAUGCAGCACCUUUAAGGCAUG